GCUCGUAAGAUCCAUAUUUCAAAUUAUUUUGCUGCGGUGCUUCGUAAAAGCGUGGCUACUCGUAAGCGUCAGGUAUUGGUGGUGGUGGCGACGACACGGGGUGGUGAGGAAACUGCAGGGAAAGUCAUAUUUAGAAAGAAGUGUGAAGUGAAUGAAGAAAGAAGAGAGAAAACAAAACGAACGGAGUGAUACUAAACAAGGGGAUCACAAGAAGAGGAAGAGGAGUUAAAGGACAUCGCGUUGUGCUGAGUGAUUGAAGAGUAAUCGCGAUGGGGGAUGACUGGGCCAAGGCUGCCGAGGACCAGGAAACCAAGGACCGUGACCUGGUGGACAAGGUGGUCGAAAAGGUUGAUGAUUUGAAACUACAAAAAAAUGAAGAAAAAGAAGAAUCAAAGGAUGAAAAUAAACCUGAUCCUGCAGCAGCAGAUGAUUCUGAAGAAAAUGUUACUCCAGGAGAACUGUCCAUGUUGAGGAAGGUGAUGAGAAAAGGCAUCAUUCAGACUAAAAACAAAGUAGAAGUAUUGCGAGCAGACCCAAAGAAUCCUCUACACAGCGUCAAGAGUUUUGAAGCCUUGGACCUACGUAAGGAACUCCUGAAAGGAAUUUAUGAAAUGGGAUUCAGACUCCCCUCUAAGAUUCAAGAAAUAUCACUUCCUACAUUGUUGGCUGAACCAGCCAUGAAUAUGAUAGCACAAUCACAGUCAGGAACAGGCAAGACAGCAGCCUUCAGUUUGGCAAUGUUAAGUCGCAUUGACCCAAGCAAAAAAUGUACCCAGGGUCUUAUUCUGUCCCCUACCAUGGAACUGGCUUUGCAAACAGUGGAAUGUGUUAAGAUGAUGGGCAAAUACUGUACAGACAUUACCAUCCGGUCUGCUGUGAAGGGAGACAUGGUUCCUCGUGGACAGAAGGUUACAGAGCAUAUUGUCAUAGGAACACCAGGCAAAGUGGUGGACUGGGCUGUCAAAUACCGAUGUCUUGACCUACGAACCUGCAAAGUAUUUGUUUUGGAUGAAGCUGAUGUAAUGAUUGCUACUCAGGGUCAUCAAGAUCAGUCAGUGAGAAUUCACAAGCAGCUACCAGAAACUUGCCAGAUGAUGCUAUUCUCAGCCACAUAUGAUGAUGAGGUAGUAAACUUUGCUCAUGCCAUCAUCAAGAAUCCCGUCACUCUCCGCCUCAAGAGGGAAGAGGAGACUCUAGAAAACAUAAGACAGAUGUAUGUAGAAUGCAACAGUGAAGAAGAGAAAUAUAGAGCCAUCAGCAAUAUUUUCUCCAUCCCAGUCGGAAGUGCAAUGUUCUUUUGUCACACAAAAGCCAAUGCUGUUUGGCUAGCAAACAGGUUAAAAGAAGAUGGCAAUCAAGUUGCAUUGUUAACAGGUGAUCUUACUCCUGAUGAAAGAGUCCAAGUACUUCUUCGUUUUCGAGAAGGAGCAGAAAGGGUUUUAAUUUGUACCAAUGUUCUGGCUCGGGGCAUUGAUGUGGAUUCAGUUAAUCUUGUGGUGAAUUAUGAUCUGCCCAGACUGCAUGGCACUAGCAAGGCAGAUUGUGAAACUUACCUUCACCGCAUUGGUCGUACUGGUCGCUUUGGCAAGACUGGCAAUGCUAUUAACAUUGUUGAUGGCAAAGAAGAUCUGCGAUUGCUAAGGGAGAUUGAAGAUCAUUUUAAUAUCAAAAUAAUUAAAUUGGACUACAGUAACAUUGAUGAGAUUGACAAACUUGGGGAAGACUAAUCAUUAGAAGAAUUAUUAUUAACUGACAUAUUAACAUUCUGUUCUUUGAAGUAUGGAAAUAAGUUUUCAUAAAGGAUGACAAACUAGAGUUCACAAGAAAACAAGAAAUUAUUAUGUUGUGCAUUUAAAGUUUAAGAGAAACAAGAGUAGAGGAAGAAGAAACACAGAAGUACCAAAUUGUCAAUAAAGGAGCUGUUACUGAAAAUAUUAUAAAUGUUGAAGAUAAUUUAUAAAAAUGCAAGAGAGCCACUUUUAAGAUUUUGAAUAUUUGACUCAUUAUUCAUGAAAUACCUCUUUUACUUCAAAUUCAACUUCUUAAAUAAAAUCAUUGCUGAAGUGAUUGUGAAAUAGUGUGUGUGUGUGUGUGUGUGUGUGUGUGUGUGUGUGUGUGUAAGUGUAUGCAUGAAAGAAAUAGACUUCAAUAUGAAAUCUGCUUCUUUAUACUUCCUGCAUAUCAUUAAAAGAGAUCUUCAGUGACAAAGGUAUAUGUGGCCUGGUGGCAUAAAGGUUAGUAUGCUGGACUCCCAACCAUGCCUCCCACCUUCAUUUCUGUUUAUUUGUAUUUCUUUAUUUUUUUUUAUAUAUAUAUAUAUUUAUUUAUUUUAUUUAUUUAUUUAUUUAUUUGUUUGUUUAUUUAUUUAUUUAUUUAUUAUAUUUAUUUUAUUUUAUUUUAUUUAUUUAUCUUUUUUUUAUUAGACAAUUGACAAUUCUAAAGCCAUGAGGUUUGUGUAUUGUAAUGAUAGAACUGACUUGCUGAUUGAGCAGCAUAGUGCCUAUUAGUGUUUAAAUUCUGUCAAGAUCAAAAUGUUUGGUUUGUAGUGGCAAGGAAGGCCUCCUAGUGUCACAUGAACCAUUUGUGUUAUUGCUGAAGUCAUGUGGGAUGAUGUGCUAUGCCUGUCAGCAUUCAGAAGGCUUAAAACCAUAUUGCUGAUGCAGAAGACUUCUUUCCUUGCUUCAUUAUCUACCUGAGUCAGUCAUUUCUUUGCAGAAGGUAGUAUACUGGCGAUGACAAUAGUGAAAGGAAGAUGGGAAGUCUUUUUUGUGUAAAUUCCAAAAUAUUGAACAUUGAUGGUGACAAGUAGUGAAGACCAAAGCAUUUGUAUUUUCAUAGAUACAGGUAAAAUCAGAAGACAGGAGAGAGAAUUAUGUAGAGUGGUCAUUAUUGACUAGAUUUGUCUAGGUAUGACCAGUCAGAACUAUUAACCAGAACUGGUACUGAAUAGAAAUAGGAGUAGGAGUUGAAUGGAUAACUCACUAUGGUGACAAACAUGCCAUGGCAUAAACUGUCAGUGCUUUGUUGUCUGGCAAAUGAUACAUGAUAAUCUUGUGACAGUGAUUGACACAUCUACAUAACAUGUAUAUAUAUUUUUUAUUCUUCAUGGUCUUAUAACAUGAAUUGUAUUGAGUAUUGUGGUGUUUGUGUCUUAAGUUACUUAAGCAGGUCUUCCCUCCACCUCAUUUAUUGCUGCAUGACAAGCUGCCGAAAGACAUAUUCAACUGGUCACUUUGCAUAUUACCUAUCCUGAACUUGACCUACAUCUAAAAAGAGAUAAAAGUUGGACCCCUUACUACUUAACACCAUUUUAUUCUACAAACUGCACCAAGGACACUCCUUUCAGACCAGCUCUUCCCUCCUCCGUAUCACCAUAUCCAGUACCUUCUGACUCAGUAGAUUAUACCUCAUGGUGCUAUGUACAAGUACAGUACUAUGUAUAUUUUAAUAAUCUUUUUGUCCUUACAGCAGAUCACCCAUCCAAUUUCUGUUCAUUGAAAAAUAGUUCUAGACACUAAUUGGUUAUGCACUUACUUGAUGACUUCUCAUCCAUUUUAUUUUGUUUUAACAGCUAGCCACUAUGUACACCUCUUAUCAAGCUGAUUGCAUACUUGUGCAAUUUGCACUGUUUUUGUUUGUAUCCAUGACAUAAUUAAAGCACAAACUGAAUAUGCAGAUUACAAGAAUGAUAAGUAAGAUGUUAAUUACUGGAGAGUCUGUUUGUUGUAUAUGUCAAGAAUGUUGACAGAUUGUGAUGUCAUACAUGGAUGGUAACAUUAUUACUCCCCUUUUAGAUGAGAACUUUUCUUCUCAAGAUUACAAUAAUAAUAUAUUUCAGCAUUUUAUUAAGGAAAAUAUUAUACAGUUGACGUUUUGUACUCAUUUUAAUGAUCACCUCAGUUAUUUUUUGUGUAAGUAUUUUUAUGAUUUGUUUUAUUGUAAUUUUGUGUUUCACUGCUAGUAAGUACUGGAAUGGAUCCACUUCUGGGAUUGUUAUUUAUGUAUCAAAGUCAUCUCAGGUUUAGGAACAAGAGGCAUCCAAUACAUUUGAUGCAGCACAGCUCUUCAUGCUACUGUCCACUGUCUUCUGACUCUUCAUAGUAUAAAGCCACCUCUGAGAUCAGCUCUUCAUUCUUAUGAAAUUCCAGCAGGAGUGUUUUAACUUAUUCAGACAUCACACUCAGUAAAUCUGGCUGGCAGAUGGUAGGACAAAAUGUUGGCUAUUACUACAGCACCAAUCCUGGAAGUCAGAUUUGAUUGACAACUAUAAAAUUAUCAUCUUAGUAUUAUGGUGCUGCUUGCUGUUCACAAGUGUUACUAGUUCUUGUGUACCGUGAAGUCUUGAGAAAGUACAGUAAGUACAAAUAGAGUAAAAUGUGCUUCAAUAAUGUUAAGUACAAGCCAGCUUGUAUCAACUAAUUUUCAUGAUGAUAUGAGUUUUAGAGAAAGCAAGAUAAUACUACAUUAUCACAAAUCCAAAUUUGGUAUAGUUUCAGUGCAAAACAGCAAAUGUAACACUAAUGUAAUAAAUGUGCAAGGAAAUAAGUUCCUAACUAGAAAGAGCAGCACAGCAUCACAAUACUUGAACAUUUUCUUGAAUAUACAUCUGCUGUAUACACAUUUCUUUCAUGACUCACAAAAAUAUUAAAUAAGAAUUUAUACAUGACAGAAAAUUACUAUGUAAUACAUAUUGAGUCAUAUUUAAAUAAAAAUUAUGAUGAAUGCA